GCAGCGCAGCGAUCGGUGAUGCGCUGUGUCCCUCGGACACAGUAGAUCACCAAUCCACGGAAAGAGCCGAAGAUGUCGGCUCGGUCAUGUUAUCAGCUGUGUCCAAUCACAGCUGAUCACAUGGGACAUGUACACAGAUCAUCAGAGCACUGAUGAUCAGUGUGCCCUGAUGAUCUGUGUAGCCCCAGCAGCGCCACCUGUCAGUGUCCAUCAGUGCCAGCUCUCAGUGCUCAUCCAUGCCACCUGCCAGUGCCCAUCAGUGCUCCAUUUCAGUGCCCAUCAGUGCCACAUCAAUGCCACAUAUCAGUGCCCAUCUGAGCUGCCUUUCAGUGUCACCCAUCAG